AUGGAGCCCCUCCUCUCCGGCAAUCUCACCUCGCCUGCCCUUGCCAGCAACAUUAGGUCCGGUGACCUUAGGGUCACUGCUUCUAUUGCUCAAAUUUACAAGCCCUAUGUCUUAUUAAGGCUUGUUUUUUACCACGAAAGGGAGGAUCUUUUGGGACGCCAUGAUGCCCCUGUUCGCUGUAUCGAGUACUCUUAUGCAACAGGGAAAGUGAUUACAGGGAGUUGGGACAAAACUUUGAAGUGUUGGGACCCACGUGGUGGAGAGGUGAAGGGAAGUCAAAUCAUCUUUUAUGCGAGUAAGGUGGCAAAAUCAAAGAGCCUGAAAUCUUUAGGAGCCACUACACAUCUUAAUUUUUCAGGUUAUGCACUUAGCUCUGUAGAAGGUCGUGUUGCAUUGGAGUUUUUUGAUGCCAUUAACAGCACUUUGCAAUUCAAGGUAACUUCACCAGAGGCAGCUCUGGUUUUUCUUCAAGCAUGGAAAGCUGCUGGGACCCCAAAUGUGAAGGUAGCUGCAGUUGGAACUGGUACAAAGUACGAUUUGGAUUAUAAAUCUCCUAAUAGAUCAGGACAAAACUUCAAGUCAGGAGAAGAUAUGGUUGAGAUGUUGAAGAAGGUUAGCACCAUGUUCUGA